UGGUGUUUCCUCCACAACCCCCUUCUACUUCCGUCCGGUAGGCUUGUCUUAAAAAAUAAAAUACUUGGGCUUUUAUUUUGAAGGAGAAACGCCGCUCUGAAGCUGUUUGGCUAACACCGCUAGAUCACCAGCCAUGCCUUUUGGGGUAACCAUGCUGAACAGACAUGUCACUAGAAGCUGCUGCAGGCUGUGGCGGGAUGUCCCUCGGCCGCUCGUCCACAUCAGAUCAGCGAGUCAAGCUCAGACAGGCACUAGAAGGUCUGAUGAAGAACAGGCCUGGGAUGCAUCUGUGGGAUACCUGCCAUUCAGCAGAGCCAGUAUAGGAUCGUUUUUCCAGCAACAACCAGAGCUGAAGAACCCUUUUCUGGAAGAUGCUUUGCUCAGAGCAUACCUAAAAAGACACUUCCCGUCACAGGAAGUUUUCUCAGACUUGAGUGCAUUCGGAGAGCGAGUGGCUAAAGAAGUAGACAGUUGGGGUCGAGAGUGUGAGGUCAAUCCUCCCCGUCUGGUGCAUUUUGAUCCCUGGGGUCGGAGAGUGGACCACAUUGUGACCUCUGCUGCCUGGAAACGCAUGAAAGAUCUAUCGGCUCAAGAGGGUCUGGUCGCUAUUGGCUAUGAGAGAUCAUUUGGGGAGUGGAGUCGAGUUUACCAGAUGAGCAAGUUGUACAUUUUCUCUCCCUCGUCUGGUCUCUACACCUGCCCUCUGGCUAUGACUGACGGAGCAGCAAAAGUCAUUCAGUCCAUAGGUGUCUCAUGGCCAGUAGAAGAAGCCUACAGUCGCCUUACCAGUCGCCAGCCUGAACGUUUCUGGACAUCUGGACAGUGGAUGACUGAGAGAAGGGGAGGAUCUGAUGUGGCUAGUGGCACAGAGACUGUAGCUAUUCCUCAAACAGAUGGCUCAUACAAACUACACGGCUUCAAGUGGUUCACCUCUGCCACAGACGCAGACAUGACUCUGACUCUAGCUAGAGCUCAAGACCCAACUGGAGCAACCACGCCAGGUAGCAAAGGUUUGUCUCUGUUUUAUGCAGAGGUGAGUCGAGACAAGGAUGGGCUGCUGCAGGGCAUUGAAGUUCAAAGACUGAAGGAUAAGCUGGGAACGAGGCAGAUGCCCACUGCCGAGUUGCUCCUUGAUGGCCUCCCUGCUUAUAGGCUCUCAGAAGAGGGGAGAGGCGUGGCUUCCAUAGCUAACAUGCUAACCAUAACCAGGAUCCACAACAGCAUCUCAGCUGCAGCUGCAAUGAGAAGGGUGGUCCAGUUAGCUCGUGACUUUGCCGCUCGCCGCACAGCCUUUGGAAAGCUCCUUAAAGACCACCCACUGCAUAUGCAGACUCUUUCAAGGAUGGAGGUGGAGACCCGAGCGGCUUUUCUUUUAGUGAUGGAUGUUUGUCGUCUGCUGGGUCGAGAAGAGACCGGCCUGGCUAGCCAGCAAGAUGCUCACCUGCUACGCUUGCUUACGCCGGUGGUCAAACUUUAUACUGGAAAGCAGGCAGUGGCUGUUGUGUCAGAGGGUUUGGAAAGCUUUGGAGGACAAGGAUACAUUGAGGAUACAGGGCUGCCUACGAUUCUUCGUGAUGCACAGGUGUUGAGUAUUUGGGAAGGUACAACUAAUGUUUUGUCCCUGGAUGUGCUGCGCUGUGUGGCUCGAAGCUCAGGCCUGGUUCUUCAUGCCUACUUUUCUCACGUCAAGUCACUGCUUUCAGGCGCCAGUAGUUUUUCUUCCCUUGCACCCGCUGUUAAAGCAGUUGACAGCGCUUUGUCAGAACUGGAAGCGUUUAUUCAAGAUGCAGCAACCAGAAAACCCAUCUACCUGGAACAAGCAGCCAGAGACUUGGCAUACAGCCUGGCUCGCAUUUAUGCAGGUGCCCUUCUAAUUGAUCAUGCUUGUUGGAAAGGAGCUUCUCACCUCGACAUCUAUGCUGCUCUGAGGUGGUGUGAGCAGGACUUGUGUGUUGUUGCAACUAAGCAGAGGACAGGCUGCUAUGACUCCAGCACAGCUUCACUUGAUGCUGCGUUGGUCUAUGAGCAGCCAAUUUAAGCCUGAACGACCACUGAAUAUCAGUUAUCAUCUUGUUCCUUAAUCCUAAUCUCUAGUAUAACGUAGUGACACUCAGUGUUGCUGUAUUUGACAUUUAUUUUUGUUUUUUUAAAGACAAAGAGGCAAAAACACAAAAAUGAUCAAGUGUCCCAAGUUAAACAUUCUUUUUUUUUAUUUAAUAUAAAAUAUAGAUGUUUGUGGAUGAAAUGUCUUCAAUAUAUAAAAACUAAGUGGAUAUUUUACAGAGAGUUAGACGUAAAUUGAGAAAUAAAAAGCCAAGACGUUUCACAAUCAUCAAUAUCACAGUAAAUAAAACACAGGAGGAAUGAAACACAGAAGUAUCUGCACAUUAUUUAGAGACACAUUGGCCAGUGGUGGUGUCAGCUGUCUAUGACACUGAGGAAAAAAAGGAGAAAAGCAAACUUAAUGUUUGAAUUCCACACUUCCACGUUUUUUUUUCUUUUUAAUUACUGUACAGAAAGUUUUUACAAAAUUUCCCUCCCCUUUGUUUUAUAUAAUUAUGUGAUAAAAGCAAAUCUUUCAAACUUAUGAAAUUGACUUUUUAAUACUGUACAUUUUAAAAAAUAUUCAAUAAAAUAAGCAUCUAAUUCACAA